AUGCCUCGGCGGCAGAGCCAAAAGACAAGCUCAGUGCUUCACGGCGGCGCAGGUGGCAGGGAAUCUCGCUCAGUGCUUCUGUUGGGAGAGGCCAAUUUUUCUUUUGCCUUAGCCCUGCGAUUGCUUUUGGAACGGCCUGCAGCUCCAACGGCAACAUCUGCGAAGGAUCUAGAGCAACAAAGGGCCGUGGAAGAGCUUUUCACAGAACAGCUUACGAGCGUGUCCCAAUAUUUGCACUUGCCGUGCGAGCUGUGCCAGCAAACCAGGAUCACUGCGAGUUGCUACGAAGCACAUGGCGAGUUGACCGAGAAGUAUCCUGAAAGUGUUGGCAUACUUUCUCGCCUCGCGCCCUUGGGUGUUGAGGUGCGCUUUUCGGUGAACGCUUGGGACUUGAAGACGUCCUUUGGCGAUCAAGUGUGGGAUGUCAUUGCUUGGAAUCAUCCCCACUUGGGCACCGAGGACUUCAAGCUGCACCGCUUCUUGUUGGCCCACUUCUUUGCCGCCGUCACCGAGCACCUCGUCCCUGAUGGCCGGGUGGUGUUGACACUGUUGGAAGGCCAAGAGAAGCGCUGGGAGAUCCUGGAGCAGGCCGCGCGGCACGGCUUCGCACUGCUUCGCGAUCCGGUGCUCUUCUCCGCCGCUGCCUUCCCAGGCUACGAGAGCAAGAGAAACAGCACAGGCAGGUCCUUCAAAAACCUGCCCACGCAACGAAUGGCCCCUGGCAGCAUGAGGAGUUGGACCUACCAUCUCCAACUCCAUGCGGACAAGGCUCCAAUCUCCAUGCCGAGCGCCUCUCCUACAAAGGUCCUGAAGCUUACGUCAACAUGUGAGUUUUGUGGUAAGGGCUUCUCCUCGGCACAAGGCCUCAAGACUCACACGCGGCAGGUUCAUGAGCUGAAGAAGUAUGGCGACCGGACGGGGCCGGCCAAAGCUUUUGCCUGUGAGGUUUGCGACCGAACUUUCAGUGAUGCGGAGGCGCUCCAGCAACACCGCGCCGCCGCGCACGGCACGAGCACCGCACCGACGGCUCGGCCGCGGAGUGUGGAGGGCGGGUACAGCCUGCGGAGCUGCAAGGUCUGUGGGAUGUCACUGCCCUUGGGGAUGUCGAUGGCGGCUCAUUUGGAGGCCUUGAAACCAUGUGGGGACCUUCCCUAUGCAUGCGUGUGCGGCCGAGCAUUUGUGGAGUUGAGGGCGGUGGAGCAGCACCAAAGGUCCUGCAAGCAGCAUUUGGAGGGUCAACACUCAAGGCGCUGGGUGGCCUUACUGGCUCGAUUGAGCCAACGAUGCUGUGGACGCUGA